UGCGUGUAAGAUUCUCCUAAAAGUAACAUACUUUUUGGAGAAUUCGACACGAAUGCAACAUCGAAAAUGAAUGAUUCUAUGCAACUAUGUUUGACUUUUUGGAUGAAAGAAAUGUGAAAUGUCAAAUCUUGGAUUUUCAAGAACUUUUUUUUUCUGUAUAUAAAGGUUGAAUCUUGAAUUUUUGGGUGUUUGUGUUGCUAUGAAAGAAAGUAUAAGUACGUAAGCAAAAAAUAUUAUCCUAAAAAUUAUAAUGUAUAAUUUAGAUAAAUACUAUGGAAGGUGAGGUAGCUUCCCCGGACACCCUUGUGGUGGGGCCCUUCCCCGGACACCGCGCAUAGCGGUAACUUUAGUACACCGGGCUGCCCUUUACUAUGGAAGGUGAGGUGGAAGAUAAGGUGUGUUGGAGGGCGGGGAGGAUAAUUAAUGUGAAAUGUCACUUGUUUAACUGUUUUUUCCUAAUGCGUGUGAAAUGCUGGCCUAGACACCACGGUUAUCAAAACGGAAAAUGAAUGUGUCGUAGAGAUAAAGGUUAAAGAAAACAACGAAUUCCCAAUUUUCUUGUUUUGUUAGAGGAUAAAAGAUUUCAGAUCUGAAGGAUAUAAUCACAAUGACACUUGAGAAUGCUGAACUCACCACCGAGCAGGUUUUGAGGAGGGAUAUCCCAUGGGAGACUUACAUGACCACGAAGCUGAUCAGCGGAACAGAUCUUCAGCUGUUGAGGCGUUAUGAUAAGAUGGCUGAAAGAUUCAAAUCUCAGUUGUUGGAUGAUGACGGUCCAGCUUACAUCCAUGUGUUUGUUACCAUUUUACGAGACAUCUUCAAGGACGAAACUGUGGAAUAUGUUUUAGCUUUAAUUGAUGAAAUUCUUACAGCAAACCCAAGAAGAGCGAAAUUAUUCCAUGGCAGCGCUUUUUCCAAUGAAGACACUUAUGAACCCUUCCUCAGAUUGCUUUCGAAAGGUAAUUGGUUCAUACAAGAGAAGAGCUGUAAGAUUCUUUCGUUGAUAGUGAGCGCCAGGCAAAGUGCUCAGAAUGGUGUUGAUGCCUCGAAUUCAAAGAGUAAACACAACUCCACUGAAGAUGUUUUGAAAAGCCUGGUCGAGUGGCUAUGCACACAGCUGAGAAAGCCUUCUCAUCCUAGUCGUAGCAUUCCCUCUGCAAUCAAUUGCCUUGCAACUCUGUUGAAGGAGCCUGUUGUUCGACGUUCAUUUGUUCAAGCUGAUGGAGUGAAGCUGCUCGUUCCUUUAAUUUCACCAGCAUCUACUCAGCAGUCCAUUCAGCUUCUCUACGAGACAUGUCUAUGCGUCUGGCUUCUGUCUUACUUUGAACCUGCAAUUGAGUACUUGGCUACUUCUAGGGCCCUACCUCGAUUGAUAGAAGUUGUUAAAGGUUCGACUAAGGAGAAGGUAGUCAGAGUUAUCAUCUUGACUCUUCGGAAUUUGCUUGUCAAAGGGACGUUCGGCGCUCAAAUGGUAGACCUGGAUGUGCUGCAACAUGUACAGAACUUGAAAGCGCAGGCUUGGAGUGAUGAGGAUCUUCUGGAUGCUCUGAAUCAACUUGAAGGUGGAUUGAAAGACAACAUCAAAAAGUUGAGUUCAUACGACAAGUACAAGCAGGAAGUCCUACUCGGCAAUCUUGAUUGGUCCCCGAUGCACAAAGAUCCUCAUUUCUGGAAGGAAAAUAUAAACUGUUUCGAGGAGAACGGAUUUCAGAUACUGAGAGUGCUCCUGACAAUUUUGGAUACAUCAAAUGAUGCAAGGACACUUGCUGUAGCUUGCUAUGAUUUGUCACAGUUCAUUCAGUGCCAUCCUGCCGGGCGAGUCAUAGUGGCCGACCUCAAAGCUAAGGAACGCGUUAUGAAACUAUUGAACCACGACGCUGCAGAGGUCACGAAAAACGCCCUGCUUUGCAUUCAGAGGCUUUUCUUAGGUGCAAAAUAUGCCAGUUUUUUGCAGGCUUAAAGUUAUCUUUCCUUCUUUAGACAAACUACACAAAAGUUUGAGAGAGUGGUCAUGUUCUAUUUAUUCUUUUUAUCCUAUUGUUGUUUGAUGAUAUCGAUCGGACGGACAUGGACAGUGAGGACUCAUAUAGCCGACUCCAACUUGUUUGGGACUGUCACAAAAGUUUGAGAGAGUGGUCAUGUUCUAUUUAUUCUUUUUAUCCUAUUGUUGUUUGAUGAUAUCGAUCGGACGGACAUGGACAGUAAGGACUCAUAUAGCCGACUCCAACUUGUUUGGGACUGUCUGUGUCGUCGUUGUAUUUGUUUAAUGAGAUUCUCACUCGAACGAUUGUACGAGUUGAUACAAUAAGCACAGCAUCAAUGAAUUCAUUUUUUUCUA